UCUCCAUAACAUUCCAAUAAUCCAAUAGUGGCAACAAAUCAUUUACGUGCUGCAUAGAUGCUUGCAUAUGGGGUACACUUGAACGAGUUGAAUCUAAAAUGUGUUCUUAUGAUCAUAUUGAUGAUGAUAUUACCCAUCCUAGGGUUGUUUUUCUGGCUAGAGAACAAGUUGUCCCAUAAUUCCAGUGAGGCCAAUCAUUACUCCAAAUGGAAGGAACAUUUGCAGAUCAGUGAUGAAAUAAAUACCCUAUUUUGUGAACAAGAUGAGAACAGUACUAGUGCACACUGUGCUUGCUCCUUCUGUGGAAGAUUAAGCAACAUAGUCACGAGAUGCUCACGCUGCAAAGCUGCUAUAUAUUGCUCGAAUGCUUGCCAUGUUAAGCAUUGGAGGAUUUGCCAUAAAUAUGAAUGCGUUGAGAAAGAAGGGUCACAAGAUCAGCAGGAAUCACCGUUUCAUGGAACCCAUUGCCUUAUCAUGGAGCCUGAAAAUGGUAAGUUCUCAUUCAGUGAAGUUAUUGAGCAGAGAUCAUAUAAGGGAGAUGUUUACUAUGUCGAAGGAGGAGAAAACAGUGCUGAGGUCAGUGAUGAAACAGCUCUAAAGUGUAACGAUGGCUGUGCAGUGUGUGGCAAUCCAAGCUCUAAAGUAUGCUCAAGGUGCAAAGCCAUAAAAUAUUGCUCACAAACAUGCCAACAUUUCGAUUGGAGAUCUGGGCAUAAGUUUCAAUGUCUUGUUGAGAAGGCAAAUACAACUGAAAAAGCAAUUGUCAAUCAAGGAAGACCUGCAAACGGAAAUGUUGUAAAUCUCACGAAUUCGGAUGAGGUAGAAGAUAAUGCUCAUUCAUCUAGUCCUCUUCGCUUGGAAUUUUACUCAGGAAACACCAGUUCCAAGGCCCUGACUCGAAGUUCUUUGUCUCUGGAAGCAACCAAUAAUGCUCAGAAGGAGAUUCAAGAUCAAUUGAGAAGCCUAGAAGAAGAAUUGGCAAAGAUAAAAGAGGAGAACAUGUCAUUACUAUCAGAGCGCGACGCAUGGGAAGUGCGAGCAAGGAAUUCCAUAGAUAGACUUUAUAGCUUCAGGAAAGAAAAUGAGCACCAGCUGUUUAUUUUGAAGCAUGAAAAUGAAUUGAUGUCAAAUGCUGAGAAGCAAUCACGUCAAAUGGUUAAUAGUUUAUCUCAGAGGCUACACUGCUUGCAGAUUGCAGUGGAAAGUGGAGUUGAAGAGAGGAAAAAACAAGAAGAAUAUAUACAUAUGUUGCAGAAUGAAUGUGCUAAGGUUAAGAUAGAGCUACAAGAACAGAACAAGUGCGUCGAAAGGCUUACAGUAGAGCUGGAUAAGAACACUCAAUUUCCUAGGAGAAUAACUGAAGAAACAGGACAAAUAUUAGUCAAUGCUUUAAGUGAAAUUGCAGCUGUUGAAUCCAAUGCUAACUGUGCUGAGGUGUCCCUGCCAAUUAGUUUGAGCAGAAAUCCAACCUUUACAACACAGGGUUGUUCAAUUUGCCUAGCCAAUGAGAAGAACAUGGCCUUUGGUUGUGGACACAUGACUUGUUUAGAGUGUGGAUCAAAAAUUCGCAAGUGUCAUAUAUGCCGAAGGAAGAUCACCAUUCGUAUCAGAUUGUUUCCUGAUUAAAUGAUGAAGGAGUUAGUAGGCAUUUUCUAUAAGAAUGCCAUUAUGUUCGUGCACAACGGUUGAAGAGAGAUAUAUUUUUUUUUCAUUUUCUGCUACUUAUGCUUAGUAAUAAAAGCAAGUCUUGGCCAUCAGAUUUUACAUUGACAGUCAAGUUUAUAAACUACAUUAAGUUCAUGAUUUGAUAAUCUAUAUAUUGUGUAUUUGCCUGUUUAUAUAUGUAUGUAUUGUGAUAUGCUAUACAGGUAUAUAUACUUUGAAGAUGGCUUGAUUUAUGUCCCAA